GUUCCGAGUAAAUAUUUUGUUUCGAGAUAACACUCGUUACACUUCUUCAGGUAUUUUUGGCACCUAUGACUUAUGACCGAUUUUACCUCACUGUAUAUGACUGCAUAGCACCAUGAGUGAUAAUAGGAGAAAAAGAUACAACCCAGGGCAGCGCACGCGGCCAGAUAACGGCGAAAACAACUACAGAAACUCGUCUGCCCCAUUGCGGGGAUCAAGUCGGAAUAACAAUUCUCAGUUUAGCCACCAGAACAUAACCAGAAUGAAUAGUUAUGACCAUGUCCGUAAAAUAGUCCAGGAGGAGGGGAGAACAGCUAGAAAUCUGGUCAUCUACAAUGUCCCGGUCAGACAACACACAGAGUCGUCCUACAAGAAACCAUUAAAGGAUCAAACACAACAGAAGAAUAAAUCCCGAUCUGUAUCAGAGUCUGACACCAAAAGUCUCCAGGAUCUGACCAAAUCUCCAAAAUCUGAUUCCGGUACCAGGAAAUCGGACCGGCGGGCUCGGUACUGGAAGUUCCUGUUUGACAAUCUACAGAGAGCUGUGGAUGCUAUUUACGACACAUGUGAGACAGAUGAAAGUGUCUUAGAAUGCAAGGAAGUGAUCAUGAUGUUGGACAACAGUACUCGUGAUUUUAAGUCAUUGAUUGAGAGACUCCACACAAUGAAGGCUUAUGAGGAUGCCACGAAGGAGGGGGACCGGCCAACAUCAAUAGCUUGGGAGGUGAGGAAGAUGUCUCCGGGGAAGGCCAAUAGCCAGGGACAGGUCCCGGUCAAUACUCCCACUAGCCCCGCCCAGAGGGUAUUACAGUUUACAGACCACAACAGAACAGAAACAGAAAGUGAUGGGAACAGCUGGGCCGAUAAAGUGAGGGGUAAAUCCAACACUCCCACCUCCUCUCUCAUAGACGGGGUCAAGACCCCUACUCCAGCCUCCCCACAAAUACAAGGUAGCACAUCCCCCAUAUCCCCGGGGCCAGUAUUACCUUCACCACCCCCAAAACAGAAUGGACACACAGAUGAUGUGGAUACAGAUGGAAGCACAACUAUAGAAGAUGACAAUGAGGGCUGGGAAACUGUCCACAGACCACCAAAAGGUCGUGCCAGAAAUUCUCCCUCUCAGCGGUCCCUAGAGAAUCUGACAGGGGUUGGAAAAUCACCGGCCAAACUCCAGCGAACAUACUCAGACCCACACACGGCAGGGCAGAGGAGACCGCCCUGGAAUCAUGGGGGAGGAAAGGGCAGAACUCCACCUCAAAAAACUGUGUUCAGGACUUCUCUGGGAGAGAGACGGGACAGUGAAAAAGAGAACCGCCCCCAGACUCUGUCACUCUCUAAGUCAAGGCUUGAUUCCAACAAAAGUGGGUCCACGGGGUCACUGAGUAAACCAACAAAAUCCUACAGCAACUCUGUCAAACAGAGUAGUUUGUCCCCACCUACUGUCCAGUCCUACAGCAGCUCUGUCAAAGAGGACAGUAGAUCUCUGCCUUCUGUCCUAACAAAGGAGGAGAGAACAGAGGAAAAGCUCCAACCAGAGAUAUUACCCACAGAGGUCAAAGAGGAAGGGCUGGUAAAUAAAAUUCUCGAAGAGGUCAAGGCCGUCUCUCCGGUGAUGGAGGAAUCUGCUACAGAGGAUGAAGAGGCUCUGGUCAUAGACAAGGCCCUGGCCUCGGCAAUGGAUGAAGAAGAAGCUCUGACCAAUCAGCUAGAGGAGGAGCAGCAGCAGGCAUUACAGACGGCCAUCGAAGAAGAGGAGGUCUGGCUCAAAGAACUCGCUCGCGAGGAAAACACUGUCAUCGAAGUAGAGACCGAGACAGAAACAGAGAAUGAGCUCGGGAACACAAUGAGCUCCUUAGAAUCAUCUCAGAAGUCACUAGAUUGGGACACAAUAUGUGCACAGUAUGAAGCCAAGUCCGAGAGUGAGAGGAACAAAUCGUGGGGAGAGAUGGUAGAGGAGGAGGAUGAACAGGAAGCCAGGACUCCAGGACACGCCGUCCACAUGCAUGAAAAACUGUCCUCCCCCUCCCGCAAAAGGUCCCCCACAGAAUCUAGAAAGCGACAUGAACAAAAACAGGCCAAGGCCCGGGAACUCCGAGAAAAACUCAUGCAGGAAAAAGCUGAGAGACUCAAGGACAUCUCCAAAAAGGUGGAGGAAGUGAGGGCAUGGAAGGAUGAAUUGUUACAACAACGGAAGGGUACGAUACAGAGGAAGAUGGCAAAGGCUGAGGAGAGACGUCAAUUACAAAUCCGGAUCAAGGCACAGAAAGCUCACGAAGAGGAGGCAAAGGGCAAGGAAAUAGAAUUUAUCAACACAUUGGAGGCUCAGAACAAACGACAUGAAAUAAUGUCCAAACAUCAGGUGUCUGAGGCUCGACUACAAGACAUACAGGACGAGAGACAGCGACGUCAUGAGGAAAAGUUGGCAAAGGAAGCUGCUGUGGAGGAAAGGAGGAAAGCCUUGGAGGCAGAAAGACAGGCAAGGCUGAAGGAAAUGGAGGAAAAGAGGAAACAAAGGUCUGCACGGGCAGAACAGCAACAACAGGAACGUGAAAAGGAAAGGCUGGAAAAUAUCAGGGCGAAGGAAAGAGAAAGAGAAGAAAGGUUGGCAGUACUUAAUGCCCAGCAUCAACAACAUAUCCAGGAAUUACAGAAGAAAAUCCAGCAAAAGCAAGAUGAGACAAGCCAGCGACACCAGGAGAAUUUACAGCAGAUUCGAGAGAAGGCGUUUGAGAUGAGUAUUCUGAAACAUUCCACGGAGGAACAUAAUGAAGCCCCAAAUGUUGUACCAUACGACCACAAGAAACUCUGCACCAUCUGUAAUGUGCUGAUAACAUCCGAGGUAUACUUGUUGAGUCAUCUGAGGGGAAAGAAACAUCAGCAGGCAUUACAGGAUAACAACUCAGGGACGGCCAUGUCCAAACAGGAAAUAGAGAACUUUAAUCUUAAGCACAUUGUGAAUGCCCCUACCAACAGCACCCACCCCAAGAUAGUGUCUGAGAAAGAACGACUUAAGUCCAUGAAGAAGAGGUCAAAGAAACUCAGGCAGAGAAUGACCACUAGAGGACAUGAGUAUGAGAAUUCCUUAUCACAGAAACAACAGCAAGUUGAGUCUGAACACAAAGCAAAAAUACAUAAAAUAGUGCGAGACAUCAACAAAUAUCUACAGACUCAAGACUCAGGCCCUUGGCCUCAGAACAAAGUGUCUGCUCUGGACAGGGCAUUAGGGGAAGUCAGUAGGAUUCUAGACAAAAAGAGUGGACAGGAUCAGAAUGCCCUAAGGGUGCUGGGUGGGCUGAACAGCCUCUGCCGACUCCUCCAUGUCUUAGACAAUGCCACUCCAGAAUUACCACCAGUUAUCCCACCAAAGACCUUGACAUUGACGUGUAAUGUGUUCCGACAGGCAUGUAAAAAUAAUUACGACAACUGUCACUACAUGCUGUUCAGUAACAAGAUUGGAAUUAUAGCGGAUCUGCUUGUCCAGAGACUGAUGCUCCUCCUACCAGACAACUCACCUCGUCCUGGGUCUGGUCAGUCUACAGGAAGCUCUCAGUCCUCAGGCACACCCUCUGGUACGGCCCUGGGAAAUAAACUCCCGUAUGACUCACUCGUGCUCAGUCUGAUGCAGCUAAUGUCUACUGUGUUGUCCUGUCUAGCUAAAAAUAACCCUGCGUCUAACGUCAGCGAGGCUUCGGCAGAGAGAAUGAGUGGGACAGUGGACACUGUGUCCAGCAGAGCAAACGACCUCAUCAGUUACAUUGUCAGUGUGGGAAUCGUAGACAAGCUGACUCAGUAUUUUCGUAAAGUCCAGGGUCCAAUCGAUGAUGAUAAAGAUGGCGCCGAGUUUCUACAGCAUAGUCUCGGGCUUCUGGUGGCUAUGACCAAAGUCAUGUCAAAACGAAAUGCUGCAAUUUUUGAGAAGAAGAAGCUAGAGGACCCGACUCAGCUGAUCAAUACGUACGAGGUCACGGAGCUCGUGGGGAUCGUCUCCCUAUUGUACGGUAUGCUGCUUCACUCAGGGGCACCCAGCAGGGGAGAACUCUCACCCCCGGAGUUACCCCAGCACACAAUGGCAGUCAUCCUAACGGGAAUCAAAAUGUUAAACAAUAUGGCCACCUUCAGCCUGGAAAUGUUACAGAAAACACUGGGUGAGGAGGGAAUGUCCCUGGAGUUCCGACACAUUGCUAGCUAUCUGAUGUGGUAUUGUAGUAGGCUGACGUGUGAGGAGCUUCUACAUGAAGUCAUUCUGUGUGUUGGAUACUUCACCAUUCUCCAUCCCGAAAACCAGAUUGUGAUUCAAUCCGGCCAGUCCCCUACAGUUCUACAGCAGAUGUGUUCCUUACCAUUCCAGUAUUUCAGUGACCCUCGACUGACGGGGGUUCUAUUCCCGACCCUCAUAGCCUGCUGUUACAACAACAAGUCCAACACGGCGAUUCUGGAACAGGAACUUAGCUGUGCCCUCCUCUCCAACUUCAUAGAGGAGAAAGUUUUGGAAGCUCAGGCCCGGAUCUCACCAAGCUCAGCGUCAUCUAAGAAAGUUCCAGAAAAAGAUUCUGGUGAACAGAGAAUGUCUUUGCUGUCACGAUUUCCACAGGAGCAACUGACUGCUGCCCAGGAGUACUUCAAGGUCACAUAGCAUCAACUUACACAAGUCAAGAUCAACAUCCACUAAGUCAAGGUCAAAUGAGCGACUAGACAAGGUCACGUUAUAAUGAGUGACCUGAACUAGACACUCUUCUGGGUUGCUUUCAUUGUGGAUUUUUCUUCAUUUUGUGGGACCAUUUUAAUUACCUGCUUGAUAAUUUGUGUUCAUUUUACUUUCAUUACCAUUCUUGAUUAGUGUGAGGGUUUUUUUUAUUUUAAUCCGUCCUUAUUUGACACUAAUCCAUAUUUGAUUUUAUAUUUUUGUUAAUGUUUAUUCAUGUUCAAUUUUUCACAGUUCUUUUUGUAUUUAUUUUGUAUGAGUUUGGUGUUUACCGUUAUUUUUUAUUAUUUUCUAAUUAA